AUGAGUAGUAAAUCAGACAGGGAAGAUAAAUGUAAAAGCAAAAAUAAAGAGAAAUAUUAUAAAUAUCGAAAAGAUGAUAACAAAAAAGAUAUUAUAAAUAAAGAAAAAUAUAAAUACCGGUAUGAAGAACAUAUAUCAAAAAAGGAUUAUACGAAAAAGAAAGAGAAACUUUAUACAAAUGAUUCUGAAAAAGAAAAUAAAAAAAAAAAAAAAAUGUUAAAGGAUUAUAGUAAAGAAGAAAUAGACAUGCAAGAAAGUGAUAUAUCUAAAAAUUCAAAUAAAAAUAUAAUAAUGAACAAAAGAAAAAGGAAAUCAUCAUCAAUUAGUAAAGAUAAUCAUUUGAAAAAUGAAGAAAGGGUAAGAAAAAAAUGGAAGGAUAAAAGAAGUUGUGACGUUAAAAAGAAAAAAAAAGAAAAUUCGUCCUAUAGUAAUCAGAGUUCAAGUGAGAAUAUGUCAGACGUUAUAAGCAGCAAACGAUAUAGUGAUAAAUCUAGUGAUAGUUCUAAAUCUAGUGGUAGUUCUAAAUCAAGUGGUAGUUCUAAAUCUAGUGGUAGUUCUAAAUCUAGUGGUAGUUCUAAAUCUAGUGGUAGUUCUAAAUCUAGUGGUAGUUAUAAAUCUAGUGAUAGCUCUAAAUCUAGUGAUAGCUCUAAAUCUAGUGGUAGUUCUAAAUCUAGUGGUAGUUCUAAAUCUAGUGAUAGCUCUAAAUCUAGUGAUAGUUCUAAAUCUAGCGAUAGCUCUAAAUCUAGUGAUAGCUCUAAAUCUAGUGAUAGUGAUAAUAGUAGUAAAUCUAGUCAAAGUUAUUCCUCAUCUACGAAAAGAAAAAAAAAAAAAAAAAUAUUGAAGAAGAAGAAGAAAGGAAAAGAAGAAAAAAAAAUGAAUAUAAAAAAUAAGAGUGAUAAUACAAAUGAAGAAAUUAAAAAAAAAAAAGAAUUUGAUGAACAUAUAUAUGAUAGCAAAGAAAUGAUAAGAUUAACAAUAAAUAUAUUACAAAAUUAUAAUUUUUUGAAUAAUUUAAAAAUACUUUAUAAAAAGUUAGAUAACAAAAAAAAAAUAUCUUUAGAAAAUAUAAAAGAUUUAAAAUUAAAAAAAAAAUUAAGACAUUUAUUACGUUCUUGGAAAUUAGAAAAAAAAGAUGAAUAUUAUAAAAAACCAUUAAAUUUUAGAGAAAAUAUAUAUGAUAUAUUUAAUAAUUUAUUAUAUUACUUUUUAUCUAAAAUAGAUUUAAAUAAAUUGAGAGAAAAUAUUUCAAAGAGAAGAGAAUUAUUAUUAAAUAAAAAUUAUAAUAAAUCAAAUAAUUCUUCAACACAACGUAAGUUAUCUAAUAUAUCAGAUUAUUAUUUAGAAAAUGUAAAUGAUUCUGUUUAUGAUGAUGAAAAUUUAUUAAAUGAUUUAAGAAAAAAUAAUUCUUCCGAUUUAUUAGAAAAUUCAAAUCAUAUACCCAUGAAAAGUUUAAGAGAAUUACAUGAAGAAGGAUUUUUUAAAAACAGUAAGGAAAAUUAUAAAGAAUUUGUAGAAAAACAUAAAGAAGUUGAUUUAUGGGGAAAAAAUGAACAAGAACAAAAAUAUUUAUUAAGUUCAAAAAAUAAACCAAAUGAAAGAAAAAGAUUUGACCGAGAAACGGAUUUGUGUAUAAAUAAAUUUGUAAAUAAGCAAGACUAUAAAAAGUUAAUAAAAAAUACAAAGGACCAUGUCGAUGAUAAAUUUCACAAAACAGAAAAUAUGAUAUAA